UUCUGAUUAAUUUUCUCUUCUGGUCCAAACUAUUAAAGGCUGAAACUAAAUACUGCGUGAUGUUGAUGUGUCUGUUUCCGUGGUGAUGUUGGUUGCCGUGGUGAUGCGUGGCGUAGUAGCUACAGCCGACCACCAGAGGGAGAGCUGGUCUCUGCAGCAGAGGGGAGCCUCCAUCAGGCCAUAGCAACACCCUGGCAGCAGGGGGCAGCAGCAGCACCGCAGGCUGACCUGGCAGAACCAAACUGGACCCGUUUUCAUCAGAACCCACAGGACACACUGUGGACAGCGGGGAUGUCCAGCUGUUGUUCUCAGCAGCUGCUGUCCUGCAUGUCUCCGCGGCUCAGGAACCUGCGGGUGACCUGUGCAGGACAUGAAGACGCAGCGGGACGCCCCGUCCCCUGGAGCAGGUCCAAAGCUGUUUGUGAUUCUGCUGCUGGUCGUCAGGCAGCUCAGAGCCAAACAGAGAAAUCCCCAAAGAGCAGCAGAAGAAGACGACUAAUGAGGCGCCGUCAGGGCGAGGCGGAGCUGCUCAGGUGUUUCACUCAGCAAACAUCACACUACCUGCAGCAGCUCCUCUCUGAACCGGACCGGACCGCAGAUCGGACCAUGCUGCCACUGCUUCUGUGACCCGUCUCUGUGGACUUGGAUUUACAAGCAGAACCGGACCUGAAGGCUAGACGGGUCGCUGAUUCCCAGCAGCUACAGUUCUGGUUCCAGUGGUUCCAGUAGAGAUGGGGUGUUUAGGCGGGAAGACGGACGAAGAGCGACUCGACGAAAAGGCCAAGAGAGAAGCGAACAAGAAGAUCGAGAAGCAGCUGCAGAAGGAGAGACAGGCGUACAAAGCAACACACCGUCUGCUGCUGCUGGGUGCAGGAGAAUCAGGUAAAAGCACCAUCGUGAAGCAGAUGAGGAUUCUCCAUGUGGACGGUUUCAACGCUGAAGAGAAGCAGCAGAAGAUCCAGGACAUCAGGAAGAACGUGAAGGACGCCAUCGUGACCAUCGUGUCGGCCAUGAGUGCGCUGACUCCGCCCGUCCCUCUGGGUAAACCUGGCAACCAGUUCAGAGUGGACUACAUCAAGAGCAUCGCUCCGCUUUCAGACUUCGAUUACACGGAGGACUUCUUCGAGCACACCCAGAACCUGUGGGAGGACGACGGCAUCAAGGCGUGCUUUGAACGCUCCAAUGAAUACCAGCUGAUCGACUGCGCCAAGUACUUCCUGGACCGGUUGGAAUCUGUCAGGAAGACGGACUACACACCUACUGACCAGGACUUGCUGCGCUGCAGGGUGCUGACAUCUGGGAUUUUUGAGACCAGGUUUCAGGUGGACAAAGUCAACUUCCAUAUGUUUGAUGUAGGAGGUCAGCGGGAUGAGCGCAGGAAGUGGAUCCAGUGCUUCAAUGAUGUGACGGCCAUCAUCUUCGUAGCGGCCAGCAGCAGCUACAACAUGGUCAUCAGGGAGGACAACUCCACCAACCGUCUCAGAGAGUCCCUGGACCUGUUCAGGUCCAUCUGGACCAACAGGUUCCUGAAGACCAUCUCUGUGAUUCUGUUCCUCAACAAGCAGGACGUCCUGGCUGACAAGAUCCUGGCCGGGAAGUCCAGGCUGGAAGAUUAUUUCCCAGAGUAUACCAACUACCAGGUUCCUCCUGACUGUAAGAGUGGACACGUGUGUGCUGAUGGACAUGUGAGCAACAUGGAGCGCUUCCUAACUUCCACGUCUGUUUUCCCAGCUGUUCCGGAUGUCGGCGAAGACCCCAAAGUGACCCGAGCAAAGUUCUUCAUCAGAGACGAGUUCCUGAGGAUCAGCACAGCCAGCGCUGACGGGAAACAUUACUGCUACCCUCACUUCACCUGCGCCAUCGACACGGAGAACAUCCGCCGCGUCUUCAACGACUGUCGUGACAUCAUCCAGCGCAUGCACUUGCGUCAGUACGAGCUGCUGUGAUUGGCUUCUGGUCCCUGCCAUGGCUCCGCCCCUUUCUGUUAAACCAUCAAUGCAGACUUCUUCAUGUUUAGAGUAGAAAGGAGAAAUUCAGAGAAUAUGUAGUGGUUAUGACUCCACAGGUCAGGGUUAUGCAGAGCAUUAUGGGUAGUGUAGUGUUCAGGCUGACAGAGUGCAACCAUUUUAUGUAAAUAUUUUUCCAUGUUAAGACUUUGAGUUCAGUUGUAGCCUGUUGUUGAUUGGCUGUUUUCAGAUGAUGUCACUUUUUAACCAAUCAGGACUUGGGGCUCGUUUAUCCAAACAGGAAGUUGAUCUGCUGAGUUUGUUUAUUAGCAUUAAAGAGGAUUUAUCAGUGCAUUGGUGAUGGUUCUUCCUCAGCAUCUGAGGUCCGGAAAGGCCUGGUUCUACUCGGUCAGUACAAGACCAGACGGUACACAAACUGGAAGUGUGAUAAUAAAUAUAAUUUCUCUGCAGACAACAAGGACCACCAUUAAGAACCAAACCGGACCGUUUUCUAGGUUUAACUUGAACGAAAGCUGCAGAACCUCAGCUCAGCUUUGGACCUGAUGAAAUCAGGCUGCAGUGAGAAGGUUCGCACUCAGAACCAGGA